AGGAUCGAGUUCAAAAGUGAUCAAUUUGACAAAUAAAAUACCCUGUAUUUUCUGUAAUUCUCCUAAUUUUUUAAAAGAAGUAAUUUGUUAAAGACGUCAUAAUAGAUAAUGAAAGAACAACAGUUUUGUUUGGAAGUGGUCGUAGAUAAAAAUUUAAAACUAUACAAAAAUUUAAGAUGUUAAUAUCUCCUGAAAUAUUGAUGUUAGCAAUUUAGUGCUCGGGAUCUUUUUUAUAGAAAAUCAAAUUUACUACAAGUUAGUUAUUCAAAUGUUUUUCGUAGCUCUUCUCAGUGACGAGAAAAGGACAGAAAAACGUAAAUUUUAUGAAAAAAUUGGAUUUGGUGGUCCAUACUCCCUCGCCAGUGUGAGUUACGAUUACGCCACGAUGGGUAGUUUUGUGGAACAUUCAAUUCUAAGUAAAAUAACCCAUCUUUGAUUGAAAUAAUGCUAUGAAAUGCUGCUGAGCUGUGAAAAUUUAAGGAAACAGCUCGAGUUUUACGUGUAUAUUUAAUGGGAUAUCUUUUCACACCUUGAUCGAGCUUUGAGAAGUUACAUUAUCCCUAAUGUUACUGAACUUAUAAUAAGUGAUGCUCUAAUAUAUGAAAUAUGUAUAGACGUGUUUUCUAUUAUUUCAUCUGCACGUAACAUUCCUGAUAGUGGUAUAAUGAGUGUACAUAGGAUUCGUGUUACUAGACGUUUACGAAAAUGAUAAUCCUAUUUAAAUACUCACUAGAAAUUUAAACAGUGCGCUAGGCGCGCGCCUUAAUUUUAACCAAUGAUAAAUCGUGGCCCGGUUUUUGCGAAUUUCGACUUAUAACUAACUUCAAUACUUUUAUAUAUUUUUAUUGAGAGGAUUAUUUUUGGGAAUAAUUUUUCGGAGUAUCCAUUAUUUUAGUAAAUAUCAAACAAGUGAAUGCACAAAAGAUUUGAUUACGGGUCUCUGAAUUAUUACUAAAGCAUUACUUGCACGCGCGCGCUUGCGCGCGAAUAUCAUUUCUAGUUAGGUAUAUAUAGCAUUAAAUUGAUGUCUUAAACACAACUGAAGACUCACUUACUCAACAUCUUUUUUUAUAGGGAGAAAAAUUGCAGAUCAAGUGAAAUUGAAAGUUGAAAAUUUUUAUAAUGAUGAUGAGUACAGUGCUCCGAUGCCAGGUAUGAAAGAUUUUGUUUCAAUUCGAAAUGAUGAUGGUAAUCAAGUACCCGUCCAAAAAAGACUUGUCCUGUCUAACUUAAAAGAAUUAUACCAAUGUUUUCGGGAAAUAAACGCUGCAGAGAAAAUUAGAUUUUCGAGAUUUGCUUCUCUGCGACCUAAACAUUGUGUGUUAGCAGGGGCAAGUGGAACACAUACCAUCUGUGUCUGUACGAUCCAUCAAAACGUUAAGUUAAUGAUGCUUGGUGCGAAUAUUCAUUCUCUAACAAGAAAUACAGAUAUAUCCAUUACACACUAUAGUGAUUGUUUGAGUUUGAUUGUAUAUUGUAAUAAUCAUGAUGCCGUUGCCGUACAUGUUUUUAUCAAAUUAAUAACUGACUAUGUGAAAAGUCUUCCUGAACGUUGUAACAAAAUUUAUUAUUUUUCUGACGGGGCUCCUCAACAAUUUAAAAACUUUAAAAACUUCGUAAAUUUAUACUAUCACGAAGAGGAUUUCGACAUUCCUGCUGAAUGGCAUUUCUUUGCGACAGCCCAUGGCAAAGGUCCAUGUGAUGGUAUUGGUGGUACCAUUAAACGAUAUGCAGCAAGAGCAAGUCUCCAACUUGCGGUUGACAAACAAAUAACAAUGCCUGAAGAACUCUUUGAAUGGACUUCUGAUCCGGACAACUUGCCAAACAUCAUAACUAAGUUUUCCCCAGAAGAGGAUUAUAAAACAGCAGUAAAUGAUUUAAAUGAAAGAUUUUUAAAAAUAAAACCGAUCACAGGAACUCAACAAUUACACUGUAUAAUUCCAGACAAAAAUGGUUGUUUGUACAUUAAAAACUUUUCAAAUUCCAACGAGCAUAAAAUUUGUAAAAUAUUUAAACGCCAGAGACGUAAUUAA